AUGCUAGCUGCUAUCGUUUUGCUGGCCCUUUUCUGUUAUUAUUACAUUCGGAGAGACAAAGGGUACAAUCUUCCGCCUGGGCCCAAGCCUCUUCCCUUCGUUGGCAAUGUCAGAGAUUUGCCCCCGAGUGGAACGCCUGAGUAUGAGCAUUGGCUCAAGUUCAAAGACAUCUACGGCCCUAUCAGCUCCAUCAAUAUCCUAGGACAGAGAAUCAUCAUCCUUCAUGACCGUCAGGCUGCCCAUGAUUUGUUGAUUAAGGCCUCGACAAAGACAUCGGGACGCCCAUACAUGCGGUUCGCUGACAUUUGUGGCUUUGCGUCGCUUUUGAACCUUCAACAGUAUGACGGGACGUUUCGUCGGCAUCGCAAGUUGGUACACCAGCAAUUUGGGACGAAGGCAGUGGCAGCCCGAUAUCGGGACAACAUCGAGCCAGAAUCACACCGCUUCCUCCUCCGUGUUCUGGAUGACCCCGCCAAUUUGGUGCAGCAUAUCAAGACAUUCAAUAGCGAGGCGAGUGCCAUUAUCCUUAGAAUCACCUACGGCUAUUCCAUUUCGCCGGGUAGAAGCGACCCUUUGGUUCAUCUGAUUGAGCGUACAAUGGACGUAUUUGCGCUUGCGACAGUGCUUCUUUCUUGGGCUGUGGAUAUUUUCCCCCCUCUUGAACACCUCCCAGAAGGUCUUCCGGCAACUUCAUUCAAGAAACAGGGUCGAGAAUGGAGUAGACUUCUGCAGACGACGCAAGACGUCCCCUAUUCAUUUGUUCGAAAGAAGAUUUCCAAAGGAGCUCAUGAGCGAUCGUUCGUGUCCUCACUUCUUGAAGAAGGUCUCACUGCCAAUGGCGAGGCCAAGAACAAUUAUUCUGAGGAUGACAUCAAGAAAACAGCCUUGGUCAUGUACGGCGGGGGGGCCGAUACGACUGCAUCAUCCCUGCACAGCUUCAUUCUGGCCAUGAUACUUUUCCCGGGCGUCCAGAAGAAAGCACAGGCAGAAAUUGAUAGUAUUGUGGGCGGUGACAGGUUGCCUGAUUUUGGAGACCGAGAUCGCCUGCCGUACCUUAACGACGUAGUGAAGGAGGCUUUGCGAUGGCUUCACGUCGCGCCGCUGGGCGUAGCUCACAGGACUGAUGAAGACAUCAGCUACAAAGGCUAUGACAUACCCAAGGGCGCAUAUUUGCUGCCCUCGAUAUGGUGGUUCCUACACGAUCCUCAGAUAUAUCGGGAUCCAUCAUCAUUUGACCCUGACCGAUACUCGUCACCUCGCAAUGAGCCAGAUCCCAUAGAUGAAGCUUUUGGCUACGGUCGGAGGAUUUGCCCUGGACGGUUUGUGGCGGAUGAGAGUCUCUUCAUUACCAUUGCGCGUCUCUUGGCAACAUUUGAUAUCAGGAAGGCCAUUGACGAGUCUGGUUAUGAGAUUACCCCAAAGAUUGUGACCACGAGCGGCCUGAUCUGUCGCCCAGUUGACUUCCCAUAUAGCAUCACGCCAAGGAGUGGGCAGUCGGUCCAUCUCAUCAGAUCUGUUGAGGGGAAGUACCCGUGGGGAGAUGAAGAUGCUGACCUUGUUCGAAGCGAUUUAAGAUCAUUCAAAUGA